GAAUGCUUGUUUUGUAUGAAUGGCGGCAUUUUGAUCCUUAGAUAAACAGCUUGGGAAAAUUCCCAAGAUUAAUAUUGGCGAUAGAGCUGCACUGAAAGAGCUGGAGAGCCCUAGACGCACUCAUCUCCGCGCGUCGCUCCACCAGGAAGCUCGCGCCUCAGUGACGUUCAUUCUUCAUCAGGUCUCGUAGGGAUCUUUGUUUUGCAUCGCUUCCCAAUUUGCAUUCGUUUCUCAGGUUUUCCAUACGACGCCCCAGCCGCCCGAAAAGCCCCGCGCAAACGGCGCGUGUACCUCCGCGAGCGCGCGUCCCCACCUUCAGCAUUCCAUCGUUCGCAAGAAUCCUGGAAAUUUUGUAGAAAUCGCGGGGUCUAGCGCUGCUACAAGAGGGAAAUUACAUGCGUGCGCCCAGCGUGCCGCGAAGACACGUGCGAUCGAGGUAAACAGCCGCCCGCGUCGCGAAACGCUCGCUCGACAGUCGCGCUAUUCACAACGCGCAAUCGAUUAAUAAAGGAUAUACAGUAGCUGCUGUUUGCGUGUCGGGUCAGUGAAUACAGCAUGUCUGAUGUGUUACCGUAUAACGAGGACAAAAUGACUCAUUAUGGAAACGACGGGGACGAGGAACACCUUUCCCUCACCUGCCGACUCCUAGAUACCAACAACUUUUUCGCUGGUAACCAGAAUAAACGACCGCCAAAGCUCGGGCAGAUCGGGAGAAGCAAAAGAGUUAUUGAAGAAGAAAACGAUGGCGAAGCGUUGGAAAAAAGCACAGAGAAAUCGUCCUCAUCUGCGUGAAUUGGCCACUAAGAGACUUAACCUCCCGUGUCUAUAUCCAAAGACGUUUUGAAGAGGCACUCUCUCCCAUCUGACAACAAGCACUUCACACAUCCUUUCUUCAAUCUCCCUAACUCCAUUGUCCAGGGUUUACAGACUGAUUGGUGGACUGAAGCGGCGGUCCGGACGAGUGGCGGGCCCAUGGGCUCGAAGGAAUACUGUGUUUUCCAAACUAUUCCGAGAUAUGUGCAAUGACAGAGUUGGGUCUCAUUAAAGAGGCCGCACUCUCUUUUAUUUUUGGUUAUAAUGAAGCAAUUAGAAAGACUGAGCACAGUACCAUUAACAUCUAACCAGUAUCUUCCCCAUAACGUGUUGGUGCACGGUUAACCGAGUAGCCUGCUGGUGGUGUUAAUGGUAUGCAAGCAAUGUUGAUCUUUCUUCCACGGUGGACCUUUAAAGGGGUUCCACUAUGUAUGUAAAAAAAGCUAUUUAUUAAAUCUUUGGAUACAUAUUUUGCAGUGUUGAAGGUUGAGCAAACGUUUUAUAUAGAACGAUGACGAGAAGUGAUUUUGCUUUCGAUUAAUGUUUUGUAUGUAGCUUAACUGUGAUUCUCGUGAUCUGCUUUAAUGGUGAUUUCAUUUCAAUCGUUUGAUGUUCGUUUACUAACAGGUAAAAUCUGGAAUGUCAGUUGAACUACAGUAAUCUUACAGUUGCAUUAUUAUUAUUGUAAAACUAUUUACUGUAAAUGUGCCAAAUGAUCCUGACAGAAAUCGAUAUUUCUGUGCUUUCUUCACGUGCACAGUUUUAUUAAUAUUUGGUGGUCAUGUUUACAGGGCUCUUUCAUACUUGUGAUGUAUUUUAGUCAUGCAUGACGAACCUCAAGACCUCAAGAACGUCUUCUUGAUUACCGUAUUUAUCUCGCAGAACAUUUCUACAGAAUAUCUGUUAUAAUAAAGAUUUCGAGAAACGUUAAA